CUUACAGGGGAGCGUCGUGCCGACAUUCCGGUACGGAAGGAAAAAAUUCCAUAUAUUUGUAACUUUCGAAUUUUAGUCACGAUGACUGAACAAGAAGCUUUUGCUGGACCUCAUUGGGUACAGGAGAUUCCUAAUGUAGGCAGACCGAUACUCGAAAGAGCGGUUGUUCGUCAAAUGGAAUUCUAUUUCGGUGACAUGAACAUCGACCGUGACAAUUUUAUGCGUGAGCAAAUAGAGCUGGAGGAUGGAUGGGUUCCCUUGGCUGUGCUCAUUCGGUUCAAUUGCUUGGCCAACCUGAGCAAGGAUAUUGCCUUCGUUGCCAAUGCUGUGAAGAAUUCCAAUUCUAAGAUGCUAGAGGUGUCAGACGACAACCAGAAAAUUCGCAGAAGUCCCAAAAUGCCUGUCCAGCCGAUAACUCCUGAACGUCGCAAGGAAAUAAAAGAGCGUACACUUUAUAUUAAAGGCUUCCCACUGAAUACAAAACUCGAUGACCUGUUAAAGUACUUCAAUGAAUUUGCAGAGAUGGAUAUGGUUAUCAUGAGAUAUUGCGUAGACGAGUCUACUAAACAAUUAUCCUUUAAGGGAUCUAUAUUUGCUACUUUCAAAGAUAGAGACGAUGCAAGAAUGUGUAUGGUUUAUAACAACCUUGUGUAUGGCAAGAACAGAUUGACAGUCCUCUGGGAAGAGGACUACUUCGCGGCGAAGACUGUUGAUAAGAAUAAACCUGUCACUCCUUGCAAGGUACCAAAGUUGUAUCUGCCUACAGGCAGUGUAUUGUAUUUCACUAAAGAAGCAGGUCAAAUAACGAGGGAUCAUAUUCAGUUGGCAAUGGCAACUCUAGGCGGUGUCGUCGCAUACAUAGAUCAUGCAAACGGCAGCACCCAUGGCUGGGUGCGUUACAAAGUGCAAAAUGCAGCUGUAGCAGUGUACAACAAGUUAAAAAACGGAACUCUCCAAAUACGCAACACAACAGUAUCAUUUAGGCUUCUUGAAGGUGAGGAAGAAGCCGACUAUUUGAAUAAGGCGAGCGAAGCUAUAUUAAGGAGGGAACGUUUUGACCUCCGUAAACAAAACGCUUAUUCGCUAGGUGUUGACUAUGCGCAUGAGUUCGACAGAAAAAGAAAACCAGAACAGCACAAUGAAGAACCGGCGUCCAAGAGAAAUGUUUAAAUUCUUUGCUCAUUACAUACAAAGUAACAUAUAAGUUCUGGGGUAUAAAAAAAGUCGAAUUAAAAAUACUGACUUUAAUUUCAAAUUAAACUUAAUAAUUACAUACUGACCAGCACUAAAAGUAUCCCAAAAUGAAGCCAAAUAAUGAAAUAUCGCGAAAAACUUAUAUGCAAAUGAGACCAAAAACAA